AUGUCGGCAGAUUUCUGGGCCAGCUACAUAUCUGGUUCAAUGGGCAUUCUGAUCGGGAAUCGUCUUGAUAUCUUCAAGGUCCAAAUCCAAACGGGCACGGGGAGAGCAUCCCCAGAUACGCGUCCCACGCAAGGGACAAGCCUUCAAAGGCUUGCGGGAUUAUUCAGAGGUACAGCAGCUCCAGUGCUCGGCUACGGUGCGUUGAAUUCGAUUUUAUUCUUGUCCUUCAACAGAUCCCUCAAAUGGAUGGAUCCCAGCAUCUUUGACUACACCAAACUGGCCGGAGUGGAUUUGAGCAAGAUAUGGACGGCUGGUGCCCUUGGAGGGUUGGCCACAUUUGUUGUAUCAGCACCGUCUGAACUCAUCAAGUGUAGGGCUCAGCUCAUCGUCGAUGGGUAUGGGUCUUCAUACGGAACAUUCAAGGACAUCUGGAAGCGCCAAGGCCUCCGAGGCCUUUACUAUGGAGGCACAAUUACUAGCCUUCGAGAUGCUUUCGGAUAUGGCUGGUAUUUCUGGUCUUAUGAGCUAAGCAAGCGGCUGCUUCUCUCAAGACAGCCUGACCCAUUCAUUUCCCCUUCGGCAACAGAGGUUCUAAUAAGCGGAGGCAUUGCGGGUAUCAUCACUUGGGUGUCCAUUUAUCCUUUGGACGUGAUCAAAACCCGCCUCCAAGCUCAACCUUCAUGGCAGCCGGAAAGGCAAACGCUUCUUCCGGGUACCAAUUCACUGUCUGGUCGUGAUCAAACCUCGUUAGGUAUUGCACGUGAAAUUUGGCGGACGACCGGUCUCCGUGGAUUUUACCAUGGUGUCGGUAUUUGCAGUCUGAGAGCAUUCAUUGUCAAUGCCGUGCAGGUGGGGAGCCAUCCGGCACUGUGA